AAGCUCAUUCCGUCACGUUACUCUUUCCAUGUGUGAUGUGCCACGCUUUUACCAAAACCGGGCAUGCCUUACGUCACUUUCGCCUUCUUCUCCUCUCGAACAUACUCAUAUUCAGGAAACCCAUGCCUUGGUAUCACAGCUCAUAACUCACUCUCCUAGAUUUUCCGGUUCCAUUUUGGCUGUGAAAGUUGCUGGCUUGUGAUAUGGAGUCGUUGUCGGAGGCGGCGUCGGGGGCGGUGGGGGCACUGGUCAGCACCACCAUAUUGUAUCCUCUAGACACUUGCAAGACCAAGUACCAAGCUGAACUUCGUCUUCCCGGUCAAGCCAAAUACAGGAACACAACCGAUGUCUUUUUGGAGGCCAUUGCAACCCGGCGAAUUCCUUCACUAUAUCAGGGUCUUGGGACAAAGAACUUGCAGUCCUUUAUUUCACAGUUUAUCUACUUCUAUGGAUACAGCUACUUUAAGAGAUUAUACUUGAAGAAAAGUGGUUCUAAAUCUAUUGGAACAAAAGCUAACUUAAUCAUUGCAGCUGCUGCUGGGGCUUGUACUGUCAUAAUAACUCAGCCGCUGGAUACAGCAUCUUCUCGAAUGCAAACGAGUGAUUUUGGGAAAUCCAAGGGGUUGUGGAAAAUGCUCACUGAGCGCACUUGGAGUGAGGCAUUUGAUGGUCUAGGCAUUUCUCUGCUCCUCACUUCCAAUCCAUCUAUCCAGUAUACAGUAUUCGAUCAGUUGAAACAACGGUUGCUGAAGGAAAAGAUGAAAAAUAAGAGCGGUGCAGAUUCUUCCCCAGAAGCUCUUUCUGCAUUUUCUGCUUUUGUGCUGGGGGCAGUGUCAAAAUGUGUUGCAACCUGCAUUACGUACCCUGCAAUAAGGUGCAAGGUGAUGAUUCAGUCGGCAGAAUCAGAAGAAGACUCGAAAGAUCCUGCUGACAAAGAUCAAGCUCAGGCCCGGAAAACAGUCUCUGGUGCGCUCUCUGCCAUUUGGAAACGGGAAGGCCUGCUAGGAUUCUUCAAAGGCUUACAGCCUCAAAUCCUGAAGACCGUGCUAAGCUCAGCGCUGCUCUUGAUGACAAAGGAGAAGAUCUCGAAGACCACAUGGGUUGUAAUGCUCGCGCUGCAGAAAUAUCUGGUAACAUUGCCACGGGCCAGACUGAAGAACGCUUAAAAGUUAAAACAAACAAGUUCUUAUAACAAUGGCUGCAUAUAUGCCAAUCCUCGUAAACUAGGGGCUAUUCGCUAUCCACAAAGACAAUGACAAUGGUGUGGUUUUGACUUGCAAAAGACGCGAAUAAAUCUGAUAGGAAAGGUGCAGAUCUAAGGAUCUCACCCUCCAAGAAUGUCUUUUUUUCCCCUUCUGUCAUGAAUCUUAGUUUCUGCUGUUAGACCAUUAAUGCAAGAUAAUAAUAAGACCAUACUGGCAUGUAAUGAUGCAUUUCUAUGGCUUGUAUGUAACAUUCUUUUAUGGUUCAAGGAAGAAACCAAAAGAAUAUUCUUAUUGCAAA